AUGCUGGUCAAUGUAAUGUUGGUUCUUUCAGUGUUACCGUUCGUUGUUCCACAUAACUCAUCGGGUACGUUGAAACAGCAGACGUUCCGAGACGCUCUCCUUCGUGGAUACCCAAAGGACAUUCCGCCAUCACCCUCAGAAGAUCCUAACUUGGUCACUGUGAACGUGUCCUUCUUACUGCAUUAUGUCCAGGGUCUCGACGUCGCAAGUCAAGUACUCACUGUUCUUGGGACACUGACUUUCAGAUGGUAUGACCCACUUCUUGCUUGGAACAGUUCAUCACAUGAGACUCCUUCUCAUCUGCGAAUAAAGCCAAAUGAAAUAUGGACACCACCAUUACUGUUUUCUAACAAUGCUGGCUCUCCACUAGAGUCUAAGAAUACUUUGAUAUAUGGCUUUGGAGAUGGUCACGUUUCCAUGACAAUCACUGACUUGUUCCACACUCAAUGCUCUGUUGAUGUCACACGCUAUCCUUUUGACAAGCAGCAGUGUUACAUCUUCCUCAGUGCUAUGGUUGAUUACAAAUUCCAAGCCGUCCUUCAUGAGUCUAACCCCUUCGCUGGAAUCAUGGGGAAGAGUGUCGAAUGGAAGGUGGAGAACGUUUCUAUGCUUGUAGAAAAGCUGCCCAACUUUUGUUGCAUAGAAAACGUUGCCAAAAUUGUCUUCAGUCUAUCACGUGAGUACACGUUUUAUCUUCUGACUGUGAUCACACCCGUGUCUCUGUUGUCCGUGAUGAACGCCUGUGCCUUCCUUCUGCCUGUAGAGUCGGGAGAGAGGAUCUCCUUCCUCAUUUCAAUCCUCGUCACGUACGCUGUGUUCCUUAACUUCGUCAUUGAAGUGUUGCCCAAGUCUGGAGUUCCAUCUCGCCUCGCCAUUUACCUGAUCCUGGUGUUCUGCCAAAGCUGUGCCGCCAUCUUGACUACACUUGGCCUCCUCAACCUGUAUCAUGGAGCAGACGACAAGAUGCAUUCCAGCACAGAGGCGACACCUGUCGGGAUGAAAUCUCUGCCUGGUGACGGAGAUCUCGAUAAACUGAGUGCAAAGGUGUCUCUGACUGAAACUGACGUCGCGAAGACAAGUGCAGGAGUGGCACAGUAA